CAACCUCUUCGUACCUUCUCUGUACAUUUCAUAUCCUCCACAUCAUUCUCUCUCUCUCUCUCUCUCUCUCUCUCUCUCUCUCUCUCUCAUAUCCAUUUGGUCACUUGGGUUCCUUUCUUUCAUGUUUUCUUCUCAACUGGGCUAAAUUGAGAAGCAAACAUGGCAGCCUCAACCUCAGGAAGAUCAUUAGAGCAAACGCCGACAUGGGCUGUUGCCGUAGUCUGUUUUGUUUUGGUCUUAAUUUCAAUCAUCAUUGAGCACUUAAUCGAACUCGUAGCAAAGUGGUUGAAGAAUAAACACAAAAGAGCUCUCUAUGAAGCUCUAGAAAAGGUCAAAUCAGAGCUUAUGCUUUUGGGGUUCAUAUCCUUGCUCCUAACAGUAGGACAAGGCCCCAUAUCAAACAUUUGCAUAUCAAAGAAACUUGGCAGUACUUGGCAUCCAUGUGGCAAGAAGCAAGAAACCAAAAAGAACGAGGAAGAACAUGAUGAUGAAACCCCAAGUAGGAGAUUACUCUCACUGUUCAAUCAGUCUGAUGUUGGCGCACGCCGCGUUUUGGCGGCUGCUGGCACCGACAAAUGUGCACCAAAGGGGAAAGUUCCAUUUAUAUCCGCGGAUGGUAUUCAUCAACUGCAUAUUUUUAUCUUCGUAUUGGCUAUUUUCCAUGUCCUUUAUUGCAUCCUCACCAUGGCUUUAGGAAGAGCUAAGAUGAGAAGCUGGAAGCGGUGGGAAAAGGAAACAAGGACGGCUGAAUAUCAAUUCUCGCAUGACCCAGAGAGGUUCAGGUUUGCAAGGGACACAUCUUUUGGGAGGAGGCAUUUAAGCUACUGGACCCAAACACCUUUCCUCAUGUGGAUAGUUAGCUUUUUCAGACAAUUUGUUAGGUCGGUUCCUAAAGUUGAUUACUUAACCCUGCGGCAUGGGUUUAUCAUGGCACAUUUGGCACCCCAAAGCCAUCAGAAAUUCAAUUUCCAAAAAUACAUAAACAGAUCCCUUGAAGAGGAUUUCAAGGUGGUUGUGGGAAUCAGCCCUCCAAUUUGGUUAUUUGCUGUGAUAUUUCUACUCUUCAAUACUCAUGGCUGGUACUCUUAUUUUUGGCUACCCUUUAUCCCAUUGAUUAUCAUUCUCUUGGUGGGGACCAAGCUACAGGUGAUCAUAACCAAAAUGGGUCUUAGAAUCCAAGAAAGAGGAGAGGUUGUGAAGGGGGUUCCAGUGGUUCAACCUGGUGAUGACCUCUUCUGGUUCAACCGGCCUCGCCUCAUUCUCUAUCUCAUCAACUUUGUUCUCUUUCAGAAUGCCUUCCAGCUUGCUUUCUUUGCAUGGAGUUGGUAUGAAUUUAGUUUGAAAUCUUGCUUCCACGAGCACACUGAGGACAUAAUCAUCAGAGUUUCAAUGGGGAUCCUCAUACAGAUUCUGUGCAGUUAUGUCACUCUCCCUCUCUAUGCCCUUGUCACACAGAUGGGUUCAACCAUGAAGCCAACCAUAUUCAAUGAAAGAGUAGCCGCUGCCCUACGCAACUGGCAUCACACGGCAAGGAAGCACAUAAGGCAUAACAAAGGGUCCGUGACCCCAAUGUCUAGUAGGCCAGCCACCCCAUCCCACCACAUGUCCCCUAUCCACCUUCUCCGGAAUUAUCGGAGUGAGGUGGACAGCUUCUACAACUCACCACGAAGAUCGAACUUCGAGGGUGAACGUUGGGACACGGAGUCACACUCCCAAUCACACCACCUCCAUGUGGAUGGUACUUCAUCCUCCCACCAUCACCAAAUCGAAUUGGGAAAUGUAGAGCAUGAGAGGGAUGUUGAUGUCAACGAACCAAACUCGGUUCAUGCAGCUCCUACCACAACAACAACCAAUCAACCGGAUCGAACCCAACACGAAAUUAAUAUGGGACGGACCAAAGACUUCUCGUUUGACAAGAGGCAAAGUAUAUAACACAUUAAUAUGUGCAUGCAAGCGUCGAGAAUUUUGUCGCAUUGCCAUUAGAGAUCGAUGAGGAUUGGGACAAUGACGAUGACAAUGGUAAUUGCUUGUACAAUGGCGAUUUAAUUGAAGCGAAUGGUGAUACU